UUCAUGUUUGGUUGUGAAGCAGCUUGAAACCGGUAAGCGACGAACACACUGGCACGUUGUGCAGCUGCGGAGGUGAUUCAGUGAAAUCAUUCAUUUCUCAAUCAGCGUCUUUUUGAUCUUUAACCCCGCUGAGAUUUCCAGUUGACCAAAGAAAUGGUGAUGGAGAAGCCAAGUGCCCAGCUGGUCGGGCGAGAGUUUGUCCGACAGUAUUACACACUGCUGAAUCAGGCCCCUGACUACCUGCACAGGUUUUACGGGAAGAACUCCUCCUACGUGCACGGCGGUCUGGACAGUAAUGGCAAACCAGUUGAGGCCGUUUAUGGACAGUCUGAAAUCCAUAAGAGGGUCAUGGCUCUGAGUUUCCGAGAUUGUCACACUAAGAUCAGGCACGUGGAUGCCCACGCCACCCUGAACGAGGGCGUGGUGGUGCAGGUGAUGGGUGAGCUGUCCAACAAUAUGCAGCCCAUGAGGAAGUUCAUGCAGACCUUCGUGCUGGCGCCUGAGGGUACCGUUGCUAACAAGUUCUACGUCCACAAUGACGUGUUUCGUUACCAAGACGAGGUGUUCGGCGAUUCGGACUCUGAGCCACCUGAAGAGUCUGAGGAUGAGGUGGAGGAGAUCGAGGAGCGGGUCCCGUCCCCUGACGUGGCUCCUGAGGAGGCGGCUCCGUUCUAUGAACAGACAGCCUGUCCAGAGCCACCGGCCCCUGAGGAGGAGGAGGAGGAGGAGGAAGUGGCGCCGGCGCUGAGUCCUGAACCAGAGGCAGAGGUUGAGAAGGAGGCAGAGUCUCCCGUGGUAGAACUGAAGCCGGAAACGGUACUGGAAUCCCAGACAGAGACGCACACAGUCGAUGACCUGACAGAGAAGAGCCCCAUCGCUGCCCCGCCUACUACAGAACCUGCCGCCGUGCCCGCUGAACCUGCACCCGCCGCUCCAGAAGAAAACAGGCCAUUCUCCUGGGCAUCAGUCACCAGUAAGAACCUCCCUCCCAGCGGCGCUGUCCAGGUGUCAGGAAUCUCGCCACACGUCGUCAAAGUCACUCCCACAGCACCGCCCCGAGCGGAGGUGAAGUCCGAGUCCCAGACAGUAGCACAGCGACCACAGAGAGACCAGAGGCCGAGAGAACAGAGAGCCGGAGGUCCUCCGUCUGUCCACAGAGGACCCAGACCAAUGCGGGAGGGUGAGCAGGGAGAGACGGAGGGGCGUCGGGUGGUCCGGUAUCCUGACGCCCACCAGCUUUUCGUGGGCAAUGUUCCUCAUGACGUGGACAAAGCCGAACUGAGGGAAUUCUUUGAACAGUAUGGUACAGUCCUGGAGCUGAGGAUCAAUAGCGGCGGGAAGCUGCCGAACUUUGGCUUUGUGGUGUUUGAUGACUCGGAACCUGUACAGAAGAUCCUCGGCAACAGGCCCAUAAAGUUCAGAGGCGACGUGCGUCUAAAUGUGGAGGAGAAGAAAACCCGUUCGGCGAGGGAGGGCGACCGGCGGGACGUGAGGCCUCGAGGACCCGGUGGUCCCAGAGAGAGGAUAGGUGGCGGCGGCGGCGGCCCCCGAGGUCCUCCUACCCGUGGAGGCAUGGCGCAGAAACCCAGCUUUGGUUCUGGGCGGGGCUCUGGGCCCAGUGAGGGGCGUUACUCAGCUCAGCGCCAGUGAGUCGUACCCGAGCUCCAAACCUGAAUCCAAUUACUGUUUCAACCAGAUUCAGUCAGCGUUAUUAAGCAGGAACCAAGUUAAUGAGCCCAAAGUGUAACAGAACCCACCGCUAACUUGUGUCCAGCUCAGAGUACGAAUACAUGCAGAGUCAGGGUUCUGCACCCCGGGUCCUGGCUCAGCAGGGGUUUUUUUUUUUAAAGUUUUUAACUGAAUGUGAGUUUGGAGGCAUUGCGGCGGGUUUCUGCUGGUAAUUGGUGCAGGUUUGGUCUCUCCUGCUGAAUGCAGCCACCCACCUUGACCUGGCUGCCUCUUCCUCCCUCUUCAUCCUCACCUGCUGCUUUUCAUUUCCCGCUGAGGACCCCUGAAUGUCACUCCUCCAGAAAUGUACUAUCUGGACUUUUAGUCUUCUUAGAGAUUUUUUUUUUUUUUUUUUUUUUCCUUCAUGCUGAACUUGAACUUAUUAAAAUGAAACACAAAAAAGGGGAAGUACUACUUGAA